GACGACGUUACUACUAUUCGGUCGCUACAGCCGCAGCCCUAGCAGUAGAGGCGGUGGAGCGCAAGCCUACCACGAGGCAGUUUCAGCUGUGCGAUCGUGCGGCGUCGACCAACUUACUAGACGACGUCCUGGCGGAGCUGCUGUUCUUGGCUGUUCAAGGCCUGAUCUGUCUCGGUCUGAUGAGCUUCAUAACAUCGGGUUGCUUCAGCUGGCGCGAGGCGAUCUAUGGAAAGAGAAUAAUUGGACGCCCUCAAACAGCGCCACCUGCCGCGGGAGACGUCAAGAGCACGACGGCAAAACCAUCUGACCCCGAGGUCGAAGAAGAGAAGAAGCUGGCGACCGCACUGUGCGGCAAGAACAACUUCGAAGAUCACGCGCUCGUCGCGCGCAACCUGAGCAAGACAUACGGCGACUGCUACGCGCUCACGGACUUCAACCUGGCUCUGAGGCCUUCGGAGUGCUUCGGCCUGCUGGGCGUCAGCGGUUCGGGGAAGACCACGGCGCUAGACCUGCUCGCGGCGCUGACCGACGUCACGCAGGGCGAGGCCUACACCGCCACAGCGUCUCUACUGGAGGAUACACGGAAGUGGCAAUCACAGAUCGGCUACUGCUUCCAAAAGGGGUGUCUCCUGGACAAGCUCAGCGCCUACGAGUUUCUGUACCUAAUCGCCCGACUCCGCGGGGUGAGCCCUCAAGAUGUGGAGGCCACGGUGAACAGCGUCAUCUCCAUCGUCGACCUAAAGGAGCACGCCCGCAAGCCCUGCGGAUUGUACAGUGGCGGCACUCGACGCAAGCUGUGCGUGGGCGUGGCGCUCCUGGGCUUGCCCCCGCUCCUCUUCUUGGACGAGCCGUACACGGGUGUGGACGCCAUGUCGAGAGACAGGAUCGGCCACGCCCUGUCGGGAAUCAAGAGGGCCACGCGCACCGCCAUCAUGUUCGCCUCGCACAACAUCGACGAGUGCGAGUUCUUGUGCGACCGCUUCGCCAUCAUGGCCCGCGGCAGGCCCACGUGUAUGGGCACGCUGCAGCAGCUGCGAGACAAGCACGACCGCGGCUACCGACUCGAGUUCACGCUCAGCCACGAUGCCGACCCGGGCGCCGCCAAGCGCUUGAUGGAGGCAGUGGAUCGAGAAUUUGUCGGCGUCAAGCUCGCCGAGUAUCACCAGAACGUGCUCGGCUAUCACCUGGCGGAGCGCAUGCCGUGGAGUGAGCUGUUCCGCAAGGUGGAGAUGCUGCAGAAGGAUUUUCCUCUCGAGCACGCCGUUGCCGGGCAGAACACGCUGGAGCAAGUUUUCCUCUCGCUAGCCAAGGCGCAGAAGCGGCGACAGAAGGCCCAAUGAGCACUUCACCAAGCCGCCGUCCGUUUUCACUAUUGAUUACUAUGUUGCUACUGCAGCAAUAAAUCUUCUGGCCGUUUUUAA